CUCUCUCGUCUGUCGUCCCUCUACUCCUUCGUCUGUCUCUCUCGCUGCUUCUCCACCCCCUCACCUCUCAUCACUAACAUCCACUCCUCCCGUCUGUCUCACUCGCUGUCGCUCUCCCCCACCCCAACCACCCCUCCACCUCCCCUCACCACAUCUCCUCUCAUCUCUCCAUCCUUGCACGCGUCCCCCCCCCCCCUCUCUCUGUUUGCUCUCUCGUUCCGUCGUCGUUUAUUUUCGCUGCAAAGCGACGCCGUUCCACCGGCCGAGAUCUCCUCUCCUCUCUCUUUUCGCGUCUGCGUCUCUGCGUCGGCAUCUCCGCUAAACGCUCCGCUCUGGUCCGGUCUCUCUCGUCGUGGUGAUCGUUUUGAUUGAUUUGCGACCGCGGCGUCUGAAUUGCGCCGCUCGUGCCCGUGCUGCGCCCGUGGACAUCGCGAGGCGACGAGGAGCGGGCAAAAAGGAGGAGCGUGAGGAUUCAUGUUCACAGCGGAAUUUUUGAGUUCAUGCUGAUAACAAAGGACAAAUUAACAAGUGAUGGAAGUGCUCGGAGUGAACGUCGCCUCGAUGUAUCUCGCAGCCUGCGUCGUCUGGAUCACGAGCCAAGACGUCUUUUUAGCCGUGACGGCGUCGCGAGCCAAUAACAUCACGAUCAUCACUCGCAUGCUGGACGGUCUGCUGGAUGGAUACGACUACAGGCUCCGGCCAGGUCUUGGAGAUUCAAUAACGGAAGUCAAGACUGACAUUUAUGUCACAAGUUUCGGGCCCGUUUCUGAUACGGAAAUGGAGUACACCAUCGACAUGUUUUUCCGACAAUACUGGAAGGAUGAGCGGCUGAAGUUCCAGGGGCCCAUGGGAGUGCUGCCCCUCAACAACAUGAUGGCCAGCAAAAUUUGGACACCUGACACCUUCUUCUAUAACGGGAAGAAGUCUGUGGCCCACAACAUGACCACGCCGAACAAGCUGCUCAGGAUCAUGGAGGAUGGCACCCUCUUGUACACCAUGAGGUUGACCAUAAAGGCUGAGUGCCCCAUGAUGCUGGAAGACUUCCCAAUGGACUCACAUGCCUGUCCCCUCAAGUUCGGAAGCUAUGCCUACACCAACCAGGAGGUGACCUACACGUGGAACAAGGGGGAAGACCUCUCUGUGGUGGUGGCCGAGGAUGGCUCGCGCACCAAUCAGUACGAGCUGCUCAGGCAAACGGUGAAAAGCAUCACCGUCAAAUCCAGCACAGGAGAAUAUGCGGUGAUGACCAUAUACUUCCACCUGAAGAGGAAGAUCGGCUACUUUGUCAUCCAGACGUACCUGCCCUGCAUCAUGACGGUCAUCUUGUCCCAGGUGUCCUUUUGGCUCAACAGAGAGUCAGUCCCUGCACGGACAGUGUUUGGUGUGACGACCGUGCUGACCAUGACGACACUGAGCAUCAGCGCACGCAACUCGCUGCCCAAGGUGGCGUACGCGACGGCCAUGGACUGGUUCAUCGCCGUGUGCAAUGCCUUCGUCUUCUCGGCGCUCAUCGAGUUCGCCACUGUCAACUACUUCACCAAGCGCAGCUGGGCCUGGGACAGCAAGGUCACCGUCGAGCCCAAAGAGGAGAAGAAAAAAGAGCAAUCUAGCAUGGCGCAGAAAACCAACAACACAUAUACUGUGAGCCCGUCCAGCUUCCCGCAAGGAGUCGCCCGGGACAGCGGCGUUCCCACGGUGACCCGCAGCGCGACCGCGGGCCCUCGGUCUGCCACAGCCGCCUCUGGCCCAGCCGAGCCGAAGCCUGCCGAGCCGAAACCCGCGGAGCCCAAGAAGACAUACAACAGCGUGAGCAAGGUGGACAAGCUGUCCCGCAUCCUCUUCCCCUUGCUCUUCGCCUCCUUCAACCUGGUCUAUUGGGCCACCUACCUCAACAAGGUGCCCAAGACGAAAGGGGUGAUCUUUCAAAACUGAGGGCAGGCUUGCCUGCCGUAGACCUGCAUUGCUAAAAGGCACGGCUCGACCGCGUAGCAGGCGGCGAGGUGAGUGGUGAGGCGGUGCGUCGGCACUCACCUCCUCCCCAUUCGCUACAGCCCAGAGCCAGUGGGGGGGGGGGGGAGGGGGGUGGGAGUCCCCCUCUUAACUGUGAAAUUAAACUAACAGGUUUUUUGUUUGUUGUUAAGGCACUCGUGUUGUUUUGUAAGGAAGUUCGGCUGGCUUCACAUUUGCUCAUCUCACCAUGGGGCUGGAAUUUCGUAGGAAAUACACGUGCUUCUUUUUUACACGCAGCGUUGUUCCAUUUCUUCCAGUGGAACAAGUUGACGAUUGCCAGUUGUAGGCCCUGGAAGAUCUUUACAAUUGGACGAACUGAGGUUUAAUGGACUUGACAACAAUGUCAAGGACACCACCUGAGGCAAAACCUACGAGAGUAGGUGAAGUUUACGUGGGAUCUCAUUUCAGAAAGAAUAUUUAUCAAGGUGAUUACUAUAAUUUUACAUAUUUGGUAUGUAUUUUCUUUAAUGGCUUCGUGGUAUAACCCUCUGUAGGCUCGAAUGAGCUACGGUUCCUUUCUCACGCCUCCUGCUGUAUGCGAGGCAACACAUCUGUUUGUGCUGGGGGCAUCGUAGCAAGCAGGGUUGCUGUGGGACACACUCUUCGACUUAAUAAAAUGGUUUAAUGACACUGCUGGACGAGAAAAUAUGUAGGAAACUAAGUUUAUGCAAAUAUCAACGUGUAACAUAAAAUGUCGCACAACUCUUUCCGGAAAAAAAACAAUCAAUUGCAUUCAACAAAGUGGCACUAUUUAACUUCAGCUUUUGACGGGGUCCAGAAUCGCCCGACAUUUGUUUGAUUCCUGCAGCCACUUGUGUCAGAAUUUUUUUUUUAAAAAGAGUUGCGUUUUUCACACUUUAUUACUUAAAACCGGCUCUGCACAUCAUCCCAUUACAUUGCUCACAGCCACAGGAGCCUUUGCAAGUUCGAGGAGGGGAUUUUUUGUUGUUGUUUGAUGACAGGCAAGCUUUAAGCCAACUUUUGCUCUCACGUUGAACUUCCAGUUCGAUAAUGAAUUGGCUUUCAAGUGGAUUCCCUUGUAGCACCACUGGAGAUGUAGUUUGACUCUCGUGUGCACGGAGCUUGCUUGGGGUUGGAAUACUCAUGGAUGGCACUGUUUAGGUCCGCAUAGAAGACCAUCGGCGGACACGUUAACCCUUGCUAUACAUAUACAGAACUAGCUAAUGUAUUUAAAAAUAUUGGGGUCACACUGAAUCUCUUCACUUUUAUGCUGUUCCACCAUGAACUUGAGUUCUGGUACAAAGGGGUUAGGGUGAGGGAUACUCGAUCGAGACAACUGGAAUCAGGGCAAUAAUGUGGAAUUUAAUGAAUACUGAUGAGUUACAAAUACCGCUCCUCGCCAUUUGUGUACCACUCACAAGCGACAAAGGUAACGAUCCAAAAGCAUGAACCAAACACUUUUCUUUUAGACAUUUUAAAAGCACUUACUGCAGCUAAAAACUAUUGUAUUUAAUGUAGAAUAGUCAUUAUAUCUAUACAUAUAUAGGCAUUUGUUGAAUGUAUUUGUGUAUAACGAAUUAAAAUUUUGAGAAUGAGAUAAUAAAAUUCGUUUAUGUACAAACUAAACUUACAGAACUUUAUUUUUAAUAGUCACCCAUAGUAAUAUCAUCAGAAAUAAGUGGCUAAUGUGUAAUAAUUACAUGGUGAUGGAUAUGUUUUUUUACUAUCUUGUUCUCAAAAUGUUUUUACCGCCCGUCAUACUCUAUAUGCAGUAUACACAUACAAAACAGGUACACGCUGACAUACAUAUUCACAUACACACAAGCAUGCAGGUGUACUGCACACCUGCAUAUAUGUAAUUUGUCUAAAUGGAACAUUGUUAUAUACGAGGUUCAAUUAAAGUACUGUCAUGCUUUGCCAAUAAUGGGCUUAUUUAAAAUGUUUCUGCAAUAAACUGGCUUCGAUGUGUGAGCAGCUGCUCAGUGGGGUGUAGAGGUUCAUGAAUAUGGGCAAAUUUUUGGUAGGAAAGUGACCAAAUAAAUCUAUGGAAUGGCUUUUUUUUAAGUACGCUUGGUACGACUCCAAAAUUGACGUUAAACGACCUUAGCACUUUGCAAUGCUUCCAUGUUCCUAUGGAAUUCUUUAUUAGGAUGUAUGUUGAAUUGAUUUCAGUUCUUCAUUGGAAUGCAUUCAUUUUCACGGGGCUACCCUGUAAGAUGUUCUUCUCGGCAAAUGUUUGUUGUAUUUAUGAAGGUCAGCCAUAGAUCUCUGGUUUCUGUAAUGCCAUAGGCGCAAUUCGCUAAGGGCUUUUGGCCAUUACCCGGCGUACAUUAACUGUUGGAUCAACAUUGUUACCGACCAAUGGUUAUAACCACAUGCCAGCGUUGACCCAACAUUGCUGACGUUUACUGGGUAUUCUCCACUCUAGCAGUUACAUUUUUUUCAUGAAGAUUUGGUUAUUUCACUAUGCAUCAGAUGGGUAGUUAUUCCGACCAUGUCUCAGUCUGCGUGGAGAACUGGCCAGAGUGGCUCUGAUAGUGGCAGAGCUGGCGUGCGACCAGGUAGUGGCGAGGCCAUGCUCUGAUCCCCCGGAAUGCCGGAUUGCCUGGAAAGACAAGCUCGCCAAAUCCGGGAUGGUUUGGGGGUCGAUUUAUCCCUUACUCAUCAUCAUCAUCCAUCCUCAGUUAAUAGAAAUGAGGCGCAACAUAACGUAAUCAUCUUG